CCGGGGCUGCUCCGUGCCUGCUCCGUGCCGCCGCGUGCGGAUCCCGGCGCUGCUCCGCACCGCGCGCCCCGUUCAUGCGCCCGCCCCGCCUCGCGCUGCCAAUCCGCGCCCGCCUCCGGCCUCGGAGCCAAUGGGCGCUGAGGGGAGCGGCCGCGCCGCCGCGAGGAGGCGGACACGUGGCGCUAGUGACGUAACCAAGGGGCGGUGCAGCGGACGUGACCCCGCCCCCGGCACAACCCCGCGCGCGUCACACCGAAGGGAGAUCCCGAGUGACGUAGGGGGGCACCCCGGUGCGCGACCCCGCCAGCUGCCGCGUGGGGUCCCGGUGCGCUCCCCGACCGUCUCCCGACCGUCUCCCGGCCGCGCCGCCACCUCCCGCGCCCCACGGUUCAGCCACCUCCGUAGCGGUGGGGCGGGACCGGCGCGGUGGUGCCCGCCCGACGGCGGUAGCCCGCGAAGGCGGGGCAGGGAAGAGAGGAAAAGAGGCCCUGCGCGGGGAGGACCGUUAGGCGCCAGAUGUUUGGCAGCGGGCGGGAGAGGAAGUCGCUCCCGGGGCCCUGAGUCCCGCCCGAACCGCGGCCGGAGAAGGCAGGGCUCCCACCAUGGCUCGCACGGCUCCCCCUGCAGUGCCGCCGCCGCCCUCGGGGCCGCCCGCCCGUGGUUCCCUCAGCCUUCAUCGCGCCUACCUGCGGAGCCCGCUAGGACUGCUGCGCCUGGGGCAACUGGUGCUGGGCGCUGCCUUCUGGGUGACGGUGGCUGCUCACAAGUACGAGGGGGCGGCCCACUUUGCCCUCUUUGCUGCCGUCCUGGUUUGGCUCCUCACCCUGGCCCUCUUUGGGCUGAGUCUGCUGGGGCGCUGGGCGCUGGUGCCCUGGCUGGGCUCACGCUGGCUCCUCACCAACCUGGUGCACGACCUGGCACUGGGUGUGGGGCUCUACGCGGCUGCUACCGGCAUCAUGGGCUACAAGGCUGGGCGGAAAAGCUACUGCAACCUGCCAGGCUACAGCCAGCAGUGCCUCUACGGUGCAUACCUGAGUGCCUCCAUCUGCGGAGGCAUUGCCGCCUGCCUGUACCUCUUCUCUGGCCUCUACUGCCUGUUGCGGCGCUGCCGGGAUCAGCGCGACAUCAUCUGAGAUACCUUGUUGCUCAACUCCCUUUCUUUUUACCCACCAAUGGAGCACAGCCUCGCUUUGGGAAGAAGUGACCCUGCCACCCCGUCCCCUCCUGGCUGACUGCACCACGCUUCCUCCAGAGAGUCCUGCGCAGAUGGAUGGAUGGACAGAGGCCUUCACUGAGCAUGGCUUCCAGUGCACCGCAUGAAGAAAGUGUGGGCACUCAACCACGGUGCAGGCCCCUCUUCCACCCCUGGAUGGUUAUUGCAAGUGGAAGGACCCAAACAAAGAGCCCCUAAGAGAGACCACACUUUCUAGCAACACCCUCGGCCCCCUGUCCAACUCCUCUGCCCCUGGCUUUGCAGAUGCUGCGUGCUCAGGAACAGGCACACCAUAGCCAGCAGCACUGGAGACUGCCCUGCCACGCUGCCUGGCUCUUGGUUUAUCAUCUUGGAAAACUCUCAUCUCGGGACAUUCUGGCUCCAUCUCGAGGCCCUGUGCUGUCUGGAGACUGCGGCGAGGUCGAUGAGGAGGGUGAGUGCGGCAGCAUGGCAGUGCUGGGCUGCUGCUGGCACCGUGGCCAAAAGGGGAGUGGAGGCCAAGCAUUGUGAGGACACUGCCCAUUUUGGGAAAUAGGAGAAGCGGACUUUGUCAGUGGGACCAGCCCAACUCUGGAUCAGGCUCCACAGCCUGAUGGUUGCUCAGCCCUGAGGCCAUGUAGGGUUGGCUGGAGCCAGAAAAUGGGAAUUUUUGGAGGAGCACCACACCAGGGCUAUCCUAUCUGAAGCCAUCCUUGUGCUGCCUGCAGGCAAGUCCUUUCACUCUUGGUGUGAGGGAGGACCUAUUCCAGUCUCUGUGUGGGCUUGGAUGAGUGAGAUGUGUCCCUAGCAGCUGACCACAGGCUCUGGCUGUUGCUUUUGGUUUCCUGGUGCCUUUUUGGGGUCAGAGAGAAGCAGCUGUGAUCCCUCCGAGACUUGGAAAAGUCCAGGGUUAGCACUAAAUCACCAACUCCAUCAUAAAGCGUUGCUCCAGUCACUCUCCCCUUACGCUUGAGGGCCCUGCCAGUCCCCAGGCCAUCUAUAACUUCCCUGGGCAGGACAUACUGUCCCUACCCUGUGUCAGGGCUGGUCCCUGACACUGCCUACCCCAGCUACUCUGGUGCAGCACCUGGCCCAGGCUGUCCAAGACCCCCGAGUGGGGCUUCUGCCACCACAAGUGCCUUUCUUUGGCUUUCUGCAGUCCUGCCUGUUGUGCCAGCUCUGUCCCUUUUCAGUGCCUAUGGAUUCACUUUCCAAAUAAAGCAAUGUUGGCGCUCA